UUCUUCUUUCUGUUUUUUAAACACAAAUGGGUCAGUAUAAUUAAUAACUUUUUGUAUUAUAUUUGUAGAUCAAUCAAGUUCAUCAACCAGGGGGGAAAGCCAAAUACAGGACCUAUUCUCCAACUGCAUUAACACGUGCAUAUUCAGCAAUAAUGGUUGAUAAACUAUCUAUCCGUAGAGCUUCAAAGUCUUAUGGUGUACCAUUUCAAACUCUUAGGGAUAGGGUAACUGGAAAUGUAGAUCCUGAGUGUUGUACAAUGGGCAGUGCACCUUUUUUUACAUUAGAUGAAGAAAGCCGGUUGGUGAUACAUUUGAAGGAAAUGGCUCAACUUGGAUAUGGAUAUAACCGACAGGAAGUUGUGGAUAUAGCAACUGACUAUGCAGUAAUGCUUGACAAGAAAACUAAAAUUGAUAAACCUCUAACUCUUACCUGGUUCUACGGAAUGCUUGGAAGAUGGCCAGAUCUCAAAGUUGUAAAACCAAGGGCAUUGGAAGUUGCUAGAGCAAAAGCUGCCAACAAGGAGAACAUUACGAAAUACUUCAAUGAACUCGAGAAAGCCCUACUUAAAUAUGAUCUAAUGGACAAACCCCAUUUGAUUUAUAAUGUUGAUGAGAAGGGUGUAACCAUCAACCACAAUCCAUCAAAGGUAGUGUCAGGAGUGGAGACAUCAUCACAGGAGGUUACAUCUGGAAAGGGUGACACUGUGACUAUCUUGGGGUGUGGAAAUGCAAUUGGCAAUGCAUUACCCCCUUACUUUGUCUUCCCAGGACAGAGAAUGAAUGAUCAGUUGCUAGAGGGGUCUACACCAGGAACAGUUGGCACUGUCUCUAAGACGGGUUGGUCUAAUUCAGAACUAUUCAUGGAUUUCCUCAGCAAUCAUUUCAAGAAAUUUGUUCCAGGUAAUGGGCAUGUGAUGUUAUUGUUAGAUGGACAUAAAUCUCAUGUUGCUGUUAGCACAAUUGAAUGGGCAAGGCGUCAUAACAUUGUUAUACAGUUACUUCCAGCACACACCAGCCAUCUUUUGCAACCGUUGGAUGUAGGUUGUUAUGGUCCUCUGCAAAAUAUAUACAACAGCCUUUGUCACAGAACUAUCAGAACAAAACAAUGUGCACUAACUCGUUAUGAUGUUUGUAGCAUGGCAUGCAAAGCUUACGGAAAUGCCUUAUCAGCCAGUAAUUUGCAGUCAGCUUUUAGAAAAACAGGAAUUUAUCCGUUCACAAAAGACAUUAUCAAUGACUUACCACUGACACCAUCAGAGGCAUUUAUAAGUGACAUUGAAAACCAUCAUGAGAACACUGUACUAGAGACUGUAGAAGCUGUUAACAGUGCGGUAGUUGUGAGAGAGAAUGAGAAUGACAGUGUGGUGAGUGAAAGAGAGGAAGUUGAGAGUAAUAAGGAGAAUGUGGGUGUUCUGAGGGAAGGAGAGAUUGGUUUGGAGGUAGCUAGGAGUGUUGUGAGUGAUAGAGAGGAAGUUGAGAGUGACAAGGAGAAUGAAAGUGUUGUGAGUGUGAGUGGUAGAAUGAUAGAUGUAGUUGGAAGAGAUGAAGGGAGUAAGAGUGAUUUUUUUGUAAAGAAGGUAGUGGCAAUGAAAAGAGUAAAAGGGGAGAAAAAAAAGAAGAGGAAUGUGUUAAGCAGGGUUAUUAAUGGAAAGACUGUGACGGAGGAUGAUGUGUUAGAGAGGGUAAAAGAGCAUGUGAGUAAGAAUCCUGGGAAGAAAGCAAGUGAUAGUAGUGUGAAUAAAAGCUGUGCAAAAAGUAGUAAGAAAGGCCAGAAUGGAUCUGUGGGGUGUAAGAGGAAGAGAGAGCAAGAGAAGAAAAAAAUUGUAAAAUGUAGCAAGAGUGAUUCACAGAAGCCAGGAACGAGUGGAGUGGGUAAAUGUGUAAGUGAUUGGGCAAUAGACAGUGAGAGUGAGAGUGAGUCUGAAAUAAGAGAGGAUGAAAAGUGCUGUGUAUGUAAGAAGUUUGUUCCAGAGCAGGUGAGACAGAGUAGUAGUUUGAUAUUUACUAAGUGGGCACAAUGUGAGAAGUGUGAGAGGUGGGUGCAUCUUAUUUAUUGUACAAAAGUGAGAGUUAUUAGAAGGGGUGACAGUUUCAUGUGUGUGUUUUGUGAGAAAGGUGUAGAGUAAUUGGUAAAUAAAAAUAAAAAUCAUUUUCUGAUUCAUUAUUGUACUUAUUUAACAAA